UCCUUGUUUUAGUUUAUCGUUUGUGGAGCACACAAGUAGCCUACUAGAUAUCGCAUUCUAGAUAUCACCAGUGAGCGGCAGUCUGGAAUAUCCUAGACUGGCCUAUGUAUGGAUGUACUAUUUCCCUGCGGAACCGCGCAUCAUAGCAGUGAAAUCAGUCUGUUUAGGUUAUGUGUAUUAUCGGUUUAUGAGAAUCGUAAUAUUGGCCAGGUUAGCCUUACUGUAGCUACUGUCCGAGCCUUAAUGUUUUUUUCUCUCCCACACAGGACGACACUAGGGGCCUUCCUGUCACACAAGCUCGGGUGGCCGCUUCACGAGGGAGAUGACUUUCACCCGCGGGAAAACGUUGACAAAAUGGCUCGCGGGGAGCCUCUGACUGAUCAGGACAGACUGCCUUGGCUGCUGAAACUGCAUGAUGUCAUUCAAAGGGAGAGGUCUUCAGGGGGCGAUGCCAUCAUGGUGUGUUCAGCUCUGAGGCGACUUUACAGGCAGGUUCUGCUGUUUGGUUCCGAGGCCCUGACCUACAGCUCGGACACAGCAGGCCUGCACAUGUGCAGCCUGCCCGGCGUCUGGUUCCUCUUCCUGUAUGGGACAUAUGAUCUGAUCCAUGCGAGGAUGGUGGCCCGGAGGGGACAUUUCAUGCAGCCUGGUCUCCUGCGCUCUCAGUUUGAUGUUCUGGAGCCACCGGCGGAAGAGGAGAAGGCGUUGCUGCUUGAUAUUCGGAGGAGCACUGAUGACAUCUGCAGGGAGAUACAGGAGCAUCUCCGCCAACUUUCAUAACCAGAGAUCAUGAUCAUGGACUCUCAAAUCAAAGAUAACAUACUGGACUGCACUGUGUGCUAGAAAACAAUUACAUAUCAUGUCAGACUUUUAUAUUAUUUUAUUUUACAAAGCACAAUAAAUCUGUGAUUAUAUGACACAU